GCAGACUCAAGGGCUCCAUAUCUGUGGCUUUAUUCUUACCCAGAGGUUCUUUCAGUGGGCAGCAUGCUGAUAGGACAGAAGAGGAGUAUAGUGCGGCGGGGUUAAUUGGAAACAGCAUCAAUGUGACAGGAACAGGAAGCGGUGAACAGAGCGAGCUACCUGGUAAAACAUGAGGCUGGUCUGUUCCUCUCUCUUCACUCUGCCUGUAAAUCGUCUCAGCUGUUCCAUAAUUAGAUCAACCAGGUUUCAUUAUGUAUUUAAGUUAAAUCUGAAAGGAGUAUUUUCAGCCUCUAUUAGCCGGGCACCUGCUUGAUGGUGUGAAGGCGAGAGAAAAAUGACACAAAACGGUCCUGGCACAAAAAAAGGAGAAGAACUUAAAAUUGUGAUAGUGGGAGAUGGAGGCUGUGGGAAAACAUCGCUGCUGAUGGUUUAUGCCAAAGGUGAUUUUCCAGAGAAAUAUGCGCCAUCAGUGUUUGAAAAGUAUAACACCACUAUCUCUCUCGGAGGGAAAGAGAUCAAGCUCAACCUGUACGACACAGCUGGACAGGAAGACUACGACAGACUGCGGCCCUUGUCAUACCAAGAAGCUAAUCUGGUGUUAGUCUGCUUUGAUGUGACCAACCCCACCAGCUUUGAGAAUGUCAUGAUAAAGUGGUACCCCGAGGUGAAGCACUUCUGCAGGGACACGCCAGUCAUUCUGAUUGGUUGCAAGACCGACCUCAGGAAGGACAAAGAGUGUUCAAGGAAGCUCAAGGCCAUGGAUCUGGUCCCUGUAACUUACAUGCAGGGUGAGGAGACAAGACAGCAGAUGAAUGCAGAGCUCUACCUUGAGUGUUCAGCAAAAUAUCAAGAGAACGUCCACGAUAUUUUCCGAGAGGCCACAAAGAGAACUCUGGCCUUCAAUCGAAAACAGAGAAACCACAAAAAGAAAAAGAAAUGUGCCAUUCUGUGAAGUGAAAGAGGACAAAGGCCCAAGGACCAGGUUAGGCAUUCUGAGACAUAGAAAGCCUGGGUGUCUUGGACAGGUGGAGAAACAGCUGUGUUCAGAGAGCAAUUUUAAGCCCUGGUCCAUUUGGGUCCUGCUGAAUCAACUGUUACAAAACAUGGCUGAUGGUGAUUCUCGAAAAGCUGCAACUGUUUGGAGAAAGAGUUACGUCAUGCAACUUGAAAAGCCCUCUGUUAUAUAUUUGUAUAACAAUAUUUUCUACAAGUAUUUUACGGUUACUUAUUUUGUAUAUUUCCAUUUAAACUGCACAUUUUUAACGGUCAAGUACGAUUAAGUCGUUUUUUUAGUACUGUAGCUUUAACAAUCUUGAUGAAUAGUGAAUGGUAAAUCCCAGUAAAGACUGAACAGGUGCUCAGUGAGAGCUGUAAAUUCUUUUCUUUACCAGCAGCGCCCACUAGUGUUGAAAAACAUGAAUGAGCAACUGCUGCAAACACCAGGUACACGGUGACAUUCUCUCAAAGAAAUAAAAGGUACGAAUGAUUUUUACAAUUUUGCUUGAGUGCACAGUCAACAAAGUGAAGAAGGGUUUUUUAAUUUAGUGUUUAAUUAUCACCAAUGAUUUUUUUUUUUUACAACAAUGUACACAAAUUACCAAAUGUCUCGGUUACUGAUCAAACUCAGGCACCAGUUACAGAGUUGAAUUGAUCCAUUUUUUGUUUUAGCAUCAGCUACAUUGUUAAAAACUAGAAAAAAGAACAUUGCUUUUGAGCACUCUGGCAGCUCUGGUACUGAAUGUAACAUUUUGGUUCAUUUUUAACUCCACAUGCUUCAUUUCCCUCUCAAUAAAAAUGAAAACUGA